CGGCUGGGACGUUGAGAAGCAAGUGUGCAGAUCAAAUCGCGCAGUAGGACUGUCAGUGGUUGAAUGCGUAAGUGCUUUAUUCACGGGAACGCGCGCAGUCGUACAGCAUCAUCGCUGUAGCGGGUGCAUGUAAAUGAAGGCGUGAUAAUGGCCGUGAUCGGUAUAUGAGGUGAUCACUGAUCGUUCGGAUCGUUGUGUUAUCGAUGAAGAUCUGAAGAUGUCGAGCGGGCAGGACGAGAGCACGGUCCGGGUGGCGCUCAGGAUUCGUCCUCAGCUGGCAAAGGAAAAAAUUGAAGGAUGUCACAUCUGCACAUUCGUGACCCGUUGCGAGCCGCAGGUGGUUCUGGGAAAGGACAAGGCCUUCACGUUCGACUAUGUGUUUGACAUGGACUCAACGCAGGAUGCCAUCUACGCCAACUGCACUGAAAAACUCAUCGAAGGAUGUUUUGAGGGCUACAAUGCAACAAUCUUUGCAUACGGACAGACAGGGUCAGGGAAGACAUAUACGAUGGGCACAGGCUUUGACGUGAACAUUCUAGAUGAUGAGCUGGGCAUCAUCCCGCGGGCUGUCAGUCAUCUCUUUAAAGGCAUCGAGCAGAGACGGCAGGAAGCUACAGAUCAAGGACGACCCGUCCCGGAGUUCAAGAUCAGUGCUCAGUUUCUGGAGUUGUAUAACGAGGAGGUGUUGGAUCUUUUCGACACCACGCGGGAUAUGGAGAGGAAACAGAAAUCUCACAUUAAAAUCCACGAAGAUGCCAACGGUGGCAUCUACACUGUAGGAGUGAUGACACGCACAGUUUCCUCAGAGGCAGAAAUGAUGCAGUGUCUGAAGCUGGGCGCUCUCUCCCGCACCACCGCCAGCACUCAGAUGAAUGUACAGAGUUCUCGAUCCCACGCCAUUUUCACCAUUCACAUCUGUCAAGUGCGAGUUUGUGCCCCUGCAGAAAAUCCUCCGGAGCAGGACAAUGAGACAGACAAUCGACUGGUCAACAACUCGUCUGAGAUGGAGGAGUUUGAAACGCUCACAGCCAAGUUUCACUUUGUGGAUCUGGCCGGGUCAGAGAGACUCAAGAGAACGGGAGCUACAGGGGACAGAGCCAAAGAGGGCAUCUCCAUUAACUGUGGACUGCUGGCAUUGGGGAACGUGAUCAGUGCUUUGGGAGACAGAAGCAAACGGUCGACGCAUGUGCCUUAUCGAGACUCCAAACUCUCUCGCCUUCUUCAAGAUUCACUGGGUGGAAACAGCCGCACAAUGAUGAUCGCCUGCAUCAGCCCGUCAGAUCAGGACUUCAUGGAGACCCUGAAUACGCUGAAGUACGCUAAUCGAGCUCGCAACAUCAAGAACAAGGUGAUGGUGAACCAAGACAAAGCCAGCCAGCAGAUCAGUGCGCUGAGGACGGAGAUUGCCCGACUGCAAAUGGAGCUUAUGGAGUACAGAACUGGGAAGCGUAUGGUUGGAGAGGACGGGCUGGAAAGCAUCAACGACAUGUUUCACGAGAGCUCAAUGCUUCAGAUAGAGAACAAUAACCUACGCAUGCGCGUGAAGGCCAUGCAGGAAACCAUUGACGCGCAGGGAGCUCGACUCACUCAGCUGCUCAGCGAACAGGCCAAUCAGGUGCUCUCCAGAGCAGGUGAAGGUAGUGAGGAGAUUGGAAAUAUGAUUCAGAACUACAUUAAGGAGAUUGAAGAUUUAAGAGCAAAACUUCUCGAGAGCGAAUCGGUCAAUGAGAACCUGAGGAGGAACCUGACGCGAGCGUCCACCCGCACUCCAUUCUAUGGAGGUCCUGGAACGUUCUCUUCAGCCCUGCUGGGGGCCGACCCGAGCCAGGAGACCAACGACAUCAUCGAUCUGGCCAAGAAAGAUCUGGAGAAACUGAAGAGAAAGGAGAGGAAGAAAAAGAAGAGACUCCAGCAGCUGCUGGAUGACAGGAGAGAGGAGGAUGAGGAGAUGGAGGUGGAGGAAGACAGUGCCAACAAAUAUGAGACACUUGACAGCGAGCAGAAGAUCAGCGAAAGAGAGUCAUCAGAACCGACCCAUCACGAGACAGAGGAAGCCAGUGACCGUGAGGAAGGGGACGGAGAGGAAGAGGAUGAGGAGGUUGACGAGGAGGAAAUGGAGGCGGACGAGAGCUCUGAUGAGUCUGAUUCUGAGCUUGAUGAGAAGGAGGACUUCCAGGCAGACCUGGCCAACGUCACAUGUGAGAUCGCCAUCAAGCAGAAGCUGAUCGAUGAGCUGGAGAACAGUCAGAGACGACUGCACACGCUCAGACAACAGUACGAACAAAAGCUCAUGAUGCUGCAGAGUAAAAUCAGAGACACGCAGCUGGAGAGAGACCGUGUGCUUCAAAACAUGGGCUCUGCGGGGUCAUGCUCAGAGGAUAAAGCCAAGCGCAUAAAGGCCGAGUAUGAGAAGAAACUCAGUAUCAUGAACAAAGAGCUGCAAAAACUGCAGGCGGCUCAGAAGGAACAUGCUCGCUUACUGAAGAACCAAUCGCAGUAUGAGAAACAGCUGAAGAAACUACAGCAGGAUUUGGUUGAAAUGAAGAAAACCAAAGUGCGUCUGAUGAAGCAGAUGAAGGAGCAGCAGGAAAAGAGCAGAAUGGCAGAAUCCCGCAGGAACCGUGAGAUCGCCACACUCAAGAAGGACCAACGCAAACAAGAGCAUCAGCUGAAACUCCUAGAAGCUCAGAAGAGACAGCAGGAGCUUAUUCUGCGCAGGAAAACCGAAGAGGUGACUUCUCUGAGGCGACAGGUGCGGCCCAUAUCAGGAAAGGUCACACGGAAGGUGAAUGAGCCGAGUCAGGACUUCUCUCACAGACCACCUGCAGGACGGGCGUAUCCGGGCUCUAAUGGAACCAGGUUAUACCUCCGGAGGCCAGUUGGAAUAUAUUCUGCUCGUGUUGCUCGCGGGAAAUGGCAGAGUGUGGAACGUCGCAUCUCUGAUAUCAUCAUGCAGCGGAUGACCAUUUCCAACAUGGAGGCAGACAUGAAUCGUCUCCUAAAGCAACGUGAAGAGCUGACACGCAGGCGUGAUAAAAUCAUCAGAAAGAGAGAGAGACUGCUGGCAGAAGAGCCGGAGGAAGAGAAAACUGUUCAGUCUCUGAAUGAAGAACUGGAGUCACUGCUGGCCAACAUUGACUACAUCAAUGACAGCAUCUCUGACUGCCAGGCCAACAUCAUGCAGAUGGAGGAAGCCAAGGAGGAGGGCGACUCUGUUGACGUCUCAGCUGUCAUUGGCUCGUGCACUCUGGCUGAGGCUCGAUUCCUUCUCGAUCAUUUUAUGUCCAUGGCCGUAAAUAAGGGUCUACAGGCGGCUCAGAGAGAAUCUCAGAUAAAAGUGUUGGAGGGCCGUCUCAAGCAAACUGAAAUCAACAGUGCCACUCAGAAUCAGCUGCUCUUCCAUGUGUUGAAGGAGAAGGCCGAGUUCAACCCAGAACUGGACGCUUUGUUAGGGAAUGCUCUUCAAGAACUAGGUAACAUGCCCUCGGAAAAUGGCGAUGACAGUAGUAGCGACGAGUCGACACAGAGUCCUGCUGUGGAAGGAAACACCCUGGCAUCAGACCUUAUGAAGUUAUGUGGAGAGACCAAAUCUAGGACUAAGGCCCGGAGAAGAACCACUACUCAGAUGGAGUUACUCUAUGUUAACAACUGCGACUAUGGCCCAGACACACCUGUCCCUGUUCACCCAAUGAGUGAGACAUCCGAUGGGACUGUAGACCUGGAGUCUGCUGGAAAUACAGUUAGAGACAGGGACUACAUGCUUCCUCCUGCUAGCUUGUCCUCUAGAAUGGGUAACAUUAGCAGCUCUGGCAACAGACUUCCAGCAGGUGGGCAAAAGAGGGUGCCAGAACCAUCCCCUCUCUCCCGCAGGAAGACUUAUGACAAGGGACAGGCCCUGGCCGACAAGGCUAAAGCCAAAGAGAUCACACAAGGCGUGAUCAACCCUGUUCCUGUGUCAAAGAGCAGUCGCGCCGGCCCUCUGCAGUGUGUGCAUAUAGCAGAGGGUCACAGUAAAGCUGUGCUGUGUGUCGACUCCACCGAUGACCUUCUCUUCACCGGAUCCAAAGACCGGACCUGUAAGGUGUGGAAUCUGGUCACUGGACAGGAGAUCAUGUAUCUAGGCGGCCACCCCAACAACGUCGUCUCCGUGCGUUACAGCUCCAGUCUGGUGUUCACUGUCUCCACCUCCUACAUAAAGGUGUGGGACAUCCGAGACUCGGCCAAGUGCAUCCGAACACUCACUUCAUCAGGUCUGGUGAACACCGGUGACAUGUGUGCUGCCAGUACCAAUCGUACCGUCACCAUCCCGGCCGGAGAGAACCAGAUCAAUCAGAUAUUUCUGAACCCGAGCGGUACCGUUCUUUACGCUGCUGCUGGCAACUCUGUGCGCAUGUGGGACCUGAGACGAUUCGUGUCUACGGGGAAGUUAACAGGUCAUCUGAGUCCUGUCAUGUGCUUGACUGUUGAUCAGACCUGUAAUGGACAAGAUCUAGUUAUCACAGGCUCAAAGGAUCACUACAUUAAGAUGUUUGACAUGAGCGAGGGUGCUGUGGGUAGCAUCAGCCCCACUCAUAACUUUGAACCGCCUCACUAUGACGGCAUCGAAUCGCUGGUGGUACAGGGGGACUGUCUGUUCAGCGGCUCCAGAGACAACGGCAUUAAGAAAUGGGACCUGGCACGCAAGGACCUGUUGCAGCAGGUACCCAACGCUCAUCGUGAUUGGGUUUGUGCUCUGGGAGUCGUGCCUGCGUCCCCCAUCCUGCUGAGUGGCUGUAGGGGAGGAGUUCUCAAACUCUGGCACACGGACACGUUGAGUCUGCUCGGGGAGAUCAGAGGUCACGAAAGCCCCAUCAACAGCAUCUCUACCAACAGCAGUCAUCUGUUCACAGCCUCCGAUGACCGGACAGUGAAGAUCUGGCGUGCGAGGGGGAGUCUGGACGGCGGCGCAGAUGUCACUGACACUGCCGAUGACAUCGUCGGCAAUUGACUGAAUGCAGAUGCCACUGACUUUUGCACUUUGACCCCACCACCAAAAUGUGGAUUUUCACUUGAGUCUCUGGCCUUCAACACAACAGAUUCUAUUCGCAUCGGAAUCUGCUCACUACGGUUCUUUUGGACGUUUCCCAGCAUUCAUUGCUAAUGCUGGAGCAUCGCUUAAGACGCAAAAUCAACGUCACAUGCUAAAUAAAGCUCUUUGUCCUUAAAAUAAGCAGGCCAGCUCAGAUAAUUCUAACAAUCAUCAAGACGGCACUGAAAGCGGACACGCUGAUGCUCUGAUGGAAGUUCGGAGGAAAGGAACUGGAUCUACUGUAGCUGGCUUCAGUAUUCCUGUUAUGGGAAAUGUUCCAGAACAUCAGGGAGUGGUGUUGUGUCUGUGGAGUAACUCAAGUGGUCACGUUUUAACUUAAUGGAGUAAUUAUUAAGGAUUUUACAUAAAGAAAAUGAAAGCUAACAUGGUAUUUUAAUGCCAAUUAGUCACAUUUUGAUUUCUUAGAACCAUAAAAUAAAUCAAAUUUGUAUUACUGUAAUGUGAAAAAGAUAUAUAGAUUGUUUCAAUUAUUAUUUUAAAGAAAGCCAGAAACCAUACUAGUAUUUGUAACUCUGAAUUUAAUUAAAAAGAAUUUUUUCCCACAUUUAACCUGCAGAAUAAAAACAACUUGCCGCAACAGUUUAAAGUAGGCCAAUUUUGGGGGGCAACCACAGACUUGGCAACCCUGUUUUGUGCGCCCUAUCCUUUACAUUUUAAAAAUCUCAAUGGCCCUAAAAAAAGCUUCAUUUUCUUAAUGCAAAAUGUCAUUACUUUUUUCUUUCCUUAUCAUUUUGGAGUAAAGUAUAACCUGAAUAUGUUUUUAUAGUGUAGGCUACUAGAUUCAUCUGGAAUCACUUUGACGUUAAAUUAACAAUAUUGUAAACAAUCUUAACAGCUUCAGUAAGUACAAUAACAAUUUAAGACGUUCUCUCGUCACUCUUAAAAAACCUGUUCUGUGUUUUGUCAAUAUCCAUUAACCUCUUUCCUCUGAAAUAUUCUUGCUGCUCACGUAUGUCACUGAAGUCUAUGGGUGUGUGUGUACUAUGCACUAGAUACUGUCUCGCAUAUAUACUGUAUCCAGAUGUGAAAGGGGAAUUACUUGUGCCUGUACCACUUAUCUACACUGCAUAAAGCCCUGCUCACUGCAGAUCACUACAUGUGCUAGUUUACACGUCAGACUGUCUCUCAUGGUGUCAUACUAGAUGAACAUAUGAAGACCGACUUGAAAGCUUUUGUAGGUCAAAUCUGUUUAUUGCUUUAUUUCUGGCCACGCUUUGGCUUUACUGAAAGCAUAUUUAUGAUGCCUGUGGUGGAAACAAAAUGGGCCAUAGAGAUUUGAAUGUCAGAUGUCAAUUGAAUUAAAUGUCAUCUGUCAAAAACCUGUCGUGUGUGCAGCUGUGUUCAGUGGGACAUUAUAUUUUAAUUACUAUAAUAUUUAAUGUGUUUAAAAUAAAAGUGGACCUGCCGGUCUGAUGUAUGAAAAGACAAAAUACCAUGAAUACAGUUCAGACGCUCUACGGUAUUUUGACAAUAGUCAAUUGUGACAAUAAGUAGCCUAUGUUUUUAAUUAGAUUUCAUAAAAUAUUACAAAAAGUUUCACAAAUAAAAUGAAACGUAAUGUCUAGCUUCAAAAACAACCCAUACAUCCCACGAUCCAUAUAAUGGAAAAUUUUGAAGAUGAUAAAGAUAUAAAUAUUACAGUAUGGCUACUUGUUUAACGAUAAACGUGUAUGGUGACAAUGACUGUCAACUUUGAAAAAUCCAUAGAUCUCCUGUAUAAAAGUAUAAAAACGUCAUCAUAAUUAUAUAUUUUAAAAGAUCAACAUGACUGUUAUAACAGCAAAUUAAUUUUCAUUGAAAUUGAUGUUCAUUUUUAUAGAAAUGAGGUUUGACACAGACAACUUAUUUUGCAUUGCAUUAAAAAACCUUUUAUAAACGCAGUCAUUUGGUGACCCAUACUGGCCACUAGAGUGCAGCAGUAUUACAGUUAUUGCUUAACGUCACGUGUAAUUUUUUGUUCAUGUUUAUAAAACAAUAACAGCGCAGGUUGUCAACUGUAGGUUUCGCAAUGCAUACGCAGCAUUAGGCUAUGUAAAACAAACAGUGUUUUGUGUUUCCAUGUGUCCAUCUUUUCAAUCUUUAAAUUAAAAAAUUGUCACU